UGCAUUCUACGGCCUGCCGCUGCUGGUCAUAGGAGCGCGAGUGCUGUUCUUGAGUUUUUACUCCUGUUUUCGGUUCGGUGGGACCCUCCGUCAAAUCAGGAAAGGUGGGCCCUGUGAAUGUGUGUGACUGCUGGCCACGCUAAAGCAAACAGCAGCAGCAGCAGCAGCAGCACGGAAGAGCGGAACGUAUUUGCAAAACUGCACCGAUCGCGGCAUAUCCUUUGCCCUUGCCCUCGCCAAACCGUACGACCUGCGUGAGUGCCAGCGAUUCGCAAACGCGCAAAACAAUCGCGUCCACCGCGGGGGAAGAAAAUCGAUUACUAGCAGCAGCAGCAGCAGCAGCAGUGUGUGUGUUCAGUGAAGAAGGAAAACAAAAGCAGGAAAAGCACAAACCUACACAUGGCUGCAAAGUGUGAAUUGUGAAUGGUGAAAGUUUAAUCAAAAACGUAGAGCUGCACACUAGCAAACAACACCAAUUAAUGCAACUAAGCGCUCCCUCACCCCAUCUUCCCUGUUAGUGUUAGAGCUGCCGCUUUCUUGCCUACAAACCCCCUACGCCUAGCAAACGCUCCCAACGCUCAGCGCGGGAUAGUGUGUUCUAAACGGCAGACGCAAACGCAACAGUAACGGUGUAAUAAGCAUAAUAUAGCAACAGCAACAACAACAAAAGCGCCCCCAACAUCAUUGUGAUAGAGAAAUGCCUCCCACAGGAGAGUGAUUGCCGAUUUGUGUCGCUCGAGCUGCUUGCGUUUCCCUCCUGUGUUGUUCACGUGUAUGUGUGUGUGUAUCUGUGCGUGUUCUUGCUUUCCUAUAGUCGCCUUCUAACGUGCGUGCGUGCGUGUGUGAGUGUGCUGCCUUUUCUGCGUCCGCGAUUGUGUGGUGAUCGCGAACAACAAACCAACAACACAAAAACCGCCCUCCGUGUGAAAGCAAUCCAACAAGACCAAAGGCAGCUCUGGUUCGGUCUAGCCAAAAAACGAAACAAAAGUUAAAAAGUAAACAUAUGAAUAACUAAACAAAAAAAAGGAUUAAUAAUACGUAUUUGUUUGGAUUCGUGCAGUAUUAGUACUAGUAUUUCCCCCACCGUGAUACAGGCCCGCCUGUGGGUCUCAGCUGUGGUUAUCUAACAACCGUUUAACUGUAAACACGGACAAAAAAGCUCCCCCUCCAGCUUCCCUUGUGCUUGACACCUGCACCUCCCAUCCACCAACGCCCACCAACGAAAUCGAUCGAACUCGAGAUAUCUACAGUGUUUGUGUGUGUGUGUGUUCUAGAGCGCGCGCGUGUCUCCGUCUGUGUGUCAGUGUGUGCUCUAUUGUUUCUUCUUCGUCUUCUUCUUCUCCUUCCGUGCCGUGUUCUUUUGAACCACCCCAACAAGCCCUCCAAACUCGCCGUUUUUUUCUGUUGUUGUAUACGUGUCAAACCUGCGCGUCAAAUCGCGUGGUCCAUCGCCGCCGACUAUCGAACGACGAACGCACGCCCACCCACCCAACCACUUGUCCACACACGCGAACGUACGCGCCCGGAUAAACGAUCACCCGGAGCGAAACAAAACAAAACAAAACAAAAAAAGUGCGCGAAACAAUCGAUAUCGAGCGCGGGGCCGAGCGUGAGAUGAGUGCUCAAGGAGCUGGCCCGUUCUUAGCAGUGCCCAUCAAACCACCCACCAUCGUCCGCUGUUAAAAAGUGUGCACUAAAGCAAUACUGCCCCCCCCCCUCGCAAUAUUGGUCACAACAAUAGGCCGAGUGGUAGAGGCCGAGCCCCCACCCCUUCCCGCCAGCGAGCCGCUAGUGAUUGAUCAUGAUCUUGACGGUGAUGAGACCGCAUUUGUCGAUGCAGUGUAGAACGGGGUAAAAAGCGGACUCUAACCCCCCCUCCUCCCCCCAAAACAGACCAGUGCUCUAUUGUGCCUCGCAACCUAUCUUCAACCUGGUGUGUGUGUGUGUGUGUGUGCGUUUUUUGCUGCUGCCAUCAGGACAUCGGGAAAACCCCGGUCGUAAUCGAGGGACUGAGGCGCACGUCGAACACACGUUAAGGCGACAGAAUCGACCGUGACACCGAAAAGGAGGCACAAUAUUACGAGAAAGCAAUAAGAAAAGAGAGAGAGAGAGAGAGAGAAAGAGUGAGGAGAGAGGAGAGAGGAGAAAGGAACACACGCGAGGACAAGAAAUCAGAUCAAAAGCUCAUCGAGAUGGAAGGAUGUACUUGUGAGGAUACGGCACGAGUACGGAUUUAUUAAGGAGCCACCGAGUUGCAGAGCCCAAACACAACGGAUUCGGACGUGCUGGAUGUGUUGAAAGAUGCCUUUAGAAAAUUGUAAGCGUAGGGUACACAGUACUGGCGAUUACUGCAGCAAUCACAUUUUAAGCAGGAUUACACGCAUUCUAUCCCCGUCAGCCGUUCAUCUAGUGUAGAUGUGUGAAGAUGCCUUUUAAAAACUUUCAACGACGGGUUAGUGGUCCUGGCGCAUACUGUAACAAUUACAUACAGAGCAGGCAA